UGCCUGGCACACGCAGCUGAUCAAAGGUUAGAUAACCUUUAUUUGCCCAUAUUUUUUGCAUUUAGGGAUUAACAACAAUCGCUAAAUAAUGGCACUGCGUUUUGUGUCCAAAACCUGCAACACUUUGCUGCAACAAUGUAGCAGAUGUACAACCUACAGUCGCACACUAGCGCAUUAUCCCAUCAACGAUGCCCUGUUCGGCUUAAAUGAAGAGCAGCAGAAACUACGCGAAGCUGCCUUCAAUUUCUUUCAAAAGGAAUUGGCCCCCUUUGCCAAGGAGAUAGACAAGCAGGACCACUUUAAAGAUCUGCGCGUCUUCUGGAAAAAGAUGGGUGAUUUGGGCUUCCAUGGUAUUACGGCGGAGCCUCAAUAUGGCGGAACAGGCGGCAGCUAUCUGGAUCACUGCAUUAUCAUGGAGGAAAUCUCAAGGGCAGCCGGUGGCGUUGCGUUGUCAUAUGGCGCCCACUCUAAUCUGUGCAUUAAUCAGCUCACCAAAAAUGGCACGCCAGAUCAGAAGGAGAAAUAUCUGCCCAAGUUGUGCAGCGGAGAACACAUUGGUGGUUUGGCCAUGUCCGAACCUGGUGCCGGUUCUGAUGUUGUCUCCAUGAAAUUGCGUGCAGAGCGCAAGGGUGAUUACUAUGUGCUGAAUGGUACCAAGUUUUGGAUCACUAAUGGCUCCGAUGCCGACACUUUAAUUGUCUAUGCCAAGACUGGAGCUGCUGGUGUGCCCGACAAACACAGCAUUACUGCGUUCAUUGUGGAGACUGCUUCGGAGGGUUUCAGUGUGGCCCAGAAGCUUGACAAGCUGGGCAUGAGAGGCAGCAGCACCUGUGAACUUGUCUUUCAGGACUUAAAAGUGCCUGCCAAGAAUGUGCUGGGCCAAGAAAAUAAAGGCGUCUAUGUCUUAAUGUCUGGCUUGGAUUAUGAACGCCUGGUGUUGGCCGCUGGGCCAGUGGGCCUCAUGCAGGCUGCCUGCGAUGUGGCCUUCGACUAUGCGCAUCAGCGCAAGCAAAUGAACAAAUUGAUCGGCGAGUUCCAACUUUUGCAGGGAAAAAUGGCCGAUAUGUAUACGACUUUGAGCGCCUGCCGCACCUAUUUGUAUUCCGUGGCGAGAGCAUGCGAUGCAGGUAUUCGCAGUCCCAAAGAUUGUGCCGGCGUUAUUCUGUAUAGUGCCGAAAAGGCUACACAAGUAGCCUUGGAUGCCAUACAAAUCUUGGGCGGCAAUGGCUACAUCAACGAGAAUGCAACUGGACGCAUCAUGCGCGAUGCCAAGCUGUAUGAGAUUGGCGCUGGCACAUCAGAGAUCAGACGUUGGCUGAUCGGUCGUCAGCUGAAUCAGGAAUAUAAAUAGGGAACUCUCCAAUCAAUGAACAUGGAAAUGGUUGCAAUAUUGUGAACUAACUGAACCAAACAGACUUAAUUGUUGCAUUUAUUAAUUUUAUCAAAGGUUGAUAUACAUGUAUAUUCAUAAUUGUUUUAUACUCGUAUAAUGUUGUUAUUAAAUAUUAGCACUGAAAA